AUGGAGACUGGAAACCAUACAUCUGUGACAGAGGUCAUUGUUUUGGGGUUAAUAGAGGAUCCUACACUUUGUUCCAUCUUCUUUGUAGUUUUUCUAGGAAUUUACAUUGUUACCAUUUUGGGCAAUAUAAGCAUAAUUACAUUAAUCCGAAGAAGCCCUCAGCUUCACACCCCAAUGUAUUUCUUCCUCAAUCAUUUGGCCUUUGUAGAUAUUGGGUAUUCCACAUCAGUUACACCUAUCAUGAUUGUGAGUUUUCUAAGAGGGAGAACAACCAUGCCUCUUGGUGGCUGUAUAGCCCAGCUUGGCUCUGAUGUUAUCUUUGGAACGGCUGAGUGCUUUCUAUUGGCUGCUAUGGCCUGUGAUCGCUAUGUGGCCAUCUGCUUCCCACUUCUCUACUCCACAUACAUGUCUUCCAGGGUCUGCAUUGUCUUACUGGUAGCUUCCUACCUGGGUGGAUGCAUGAAUGCCUCAUCAUUUACUGGCUGUUUAAUGACCCUGUCCUUCUGUGGCUCAAAUGAAAUCAACCAUUUCUUCUGUGACCUCCCACCUCUAGUGAAGCUUUCUUGUACUCAUGUUUAUAUUGCUGAAAUAUCUCCUGCCAUCUCAGCUGGGUCAAUCAUUGUAAUCACAUUGUUUAUCAUAGUCAUUUCAUAUGUCUACAUCCUCCAGUCAAUCCUGAAGAUGUUCUCUACUGAGGGAAGGCACAAGGCUUUCUCAACCUGCACCUCUCACCUCACAGCAGUAACUUUGUUUUAUGGGACGGUUACAUUUGUUUAUAUUAUACCGAAGUCAAGCCAUUCCCCUGAAUAUGUUAAAGUAGUGUCUUUGUUCUACACAGUGGUGAUCCCCAUGUUGAACCCUUUUAUCUAUAGUUUGAGGAACAAGGAGGUGAAAGAGGCCCUGAGAAAAUUGAUUAAAAAAAUCAUACAC